UGAAUAGAUUCCUUUAAGUGGUGUGAAGAAAAAGAAAGCAAAAACAGAAAAAGGAGUAGGAGUUGAGCAGUCAAAUUACAAACCCAAAAGUAGCCAUCCAUCGGAGAAGACCAACCAUCAACGCCGCUCCCCAAUACAAUUCCCUUUCUUACCUUUCUCUUUCACCAUUUCCUUUCUAUCAUCUCUCCCUUAUUUCCGUCGGUUUCUGGAUUCCUUUACGCUUUCAUCCAUCACAAUGCCGGGAGAAUUUGAAGAUGAUGAGAGGCCCAGGGUCUUUGAACCUGAAUCCUCUGAAGAUGACAGACGCCGAACUCGCUCUAAAUCUCUUAGGAAGAGAGCCAUUACUGCUUCUGCUAAAUUUAGCAAUACGCUGAGAAAGCAAAGUAGUAGGGUUGCUGAUUGCCGCUUUGCUACGAUUUCGGUUCAUGAGGUCCGGGAUGCUGGGGAGGAAGAUUCUGUCAAUAAGUUCCGCCAGGUUUUGAUCGCUACAGAUCUGUUGCCACCUCGUCAUGAUGAUUAUCACACUAUGCUCAGAUUUCUCAAGGCUAGAAAGUUUGACAUGGAUAAAACUCUCAACAUGUGGACUGAGAUGCUCAGCUGGAGAAAAGAUAAUCAUAUAGAUACUAUUAUGCAGGAUUUCGUAUAUGAUGAGUAUGAAGAAGUUCAACGAUAUUAUCCUCAUGGUUACCAUGGUGUGGAUAAAGGAGGAAGACCUGUUUAUAUUGAAAGACUUGGAAAAAUUGAACCGGGAAAGCUAAUGAAUGUCACUACAAUUGAUCGGUUUUUGAAAUAUCAUGUUCAAGGGUUUGAGAAGCUUUUUUCUGAGAAAUUCACAGCAUGUUCUAUUGCUGCAAAAAGGCACAUAUAUUGUACAACAACGAUACUGGAUGUUCAGGGACUGAACUUGAUGAGCUUUAGAAAGCUUGCGACUGACCUUGUUUUGCGCAUGCAAAAAAUUGAUGGGGAAAAUUAUCCUGAGACGCUGAAUCAAAUGUUCAUUGUAAAUGCUGGCAAUGGGUUCAAAUUUCUAUGGAAUACUGCAAAAACCUUUCUUGAUCCAAGGACUACAGCGAAGAUUCAUGUUUUGGGCUGCAAAUUUCAAUAUAAGCUGUUGGAGGUCAUAGACUCAAGUCAGCUUCCCGACUUCCUAGGAGGAGAUUGUUCGUGUUCAAAUGAAGGUGGAUGUCUUAGAUCUGACAAGGGCCCCUGGAAUGAUCCCGAAAUCAAGAAACUUGUUUUUACCGAAGAAGCUACUCACUCAAGAAAGGCUAACAAUUUCUACGGCAGGAGUAGUUUUGAAAUCAACUUUUUUAACUCGAAGAUGGAGGGUAAUGAAAUUUCUUCACCUGAAUCAGGGUCAGAGGCAACUGCAACUGCCAGUGCUUCUAGCAUCGGAAAUUUUGUUUCAGUGACUGCCAGGGAAAAGUGUUCUGCGUCUAGGCCCAUUAACAGCGUCGUUGAACCUACGGAUGCUGCUGGAUUAGUUGAAGAAUAUAGUUCAAAUAAUCUAUACGCUGAUGUCCAACCAGCAGGGCAACCAAAAAAAUUCAUUCCUCAAGUUACGAGUACAUUUAUUCAUUUUGUAUUCAAAAUUUUUGCUUGUAUAUAUCUACUAGUUCCUGGAUUCGGGAGAAUUUUCAUGAUUAGACACACUGAGAACCAACAACGUGAAGCCUCUUCCGACCAUCAUUUGGAGGAUUCAGGGACUCGAGAAGAAUCUAAAGAAUCAGCAGUGGACCCACUCUGGAAAAGGCUGCAAAAUUUGGAAGUUAUGGUGACGGAACUUACAAAUAAACCUUCAAAAAUCCCUCUAGAAAAAGAGGACAUGCUUCACGAAUCGCUGAAUCGUAUAAAAUCUAUAGAAUAUGACUUGCAGAAGACAAAGAGAGCAUUGCUUGCUACUGCAUCAAAACAAGUGGAGCUUGCUGAGUCAAUGGAAAGUAUAAAGGAAAACAACUUAGUUGGAGCAAAUUCAUGUUGGCCUAGAAAUCGAAACCCAUUUUUGUAUAGAAGUUGAGUGAAGUUGCCACCAGUUCGAAGUUUUGUCGAACUAUCAAUUCAGAUCUUUAUUUGGGUCGAAAAGACGUUUCUCAUCGUAGAGAAGAAAAUAGUAUACACCACAUGUACACAGAGACAUAGUUCCCUUGUAUAGUGCAUAACACAGAAUAUCACACCCACACACAUAAUAACUGUUUCUUUUCCAAAAUUUGUAUUGUACAUGAUUUACACUUCUCUUUUUUUCUCUUUUCCUUUGUGAGUCCUGAAACUAAUCUAAUAUAUAGAUAUAAGAAAUAUACAUGACCUCACUCAGUUGUGUAUUAUGUCAACUUACAUUUUACUAAAUAUACAAAACAUUUCUUGUUUUGUUUUCCCCUUA